AUGCCCAGGGAGCCCCUGUUCCUUGCACACGGCUCUCUUGUCCCCAUCCAGCUGGUCUCCAGCUCUGGGAGGCCCAGCUGGCUGGUGCACCAGGCAGCUGGGGAUUCUCCCCUCCACCGCGAGCUGGGAGACUGCUGGACAGGAACGGUCAGACUGAACGUCAAAGCCACCCCCGAAAGAGGUGCCCCCCCAAUCCACCAGGACCCCGUGCCUGGCUCUGCCCUCGCGCGACAGCCAGGAACACGCCUCGGCGGCUCGCUCAGCCGUCCAGCCGCCGGAGGCCACGGGGACACGAGGCGCGGACCCCCUCCCAGCCCCGGGGGACGGCCGGCCCUCCGCGCCCGCUGCGCCCGGCCCGCGAGCGGCCUCUGCCGGCCCCGCGGGAAAGUGCGGACCCCCGAGGAGCCGCCGGGGCCGCCAGGCGCACAUCCCCCGGGGCCAGCAGGGACGUCGGCCUCACGCGCACGCUCCCAAGGCCAGCGAGAGCGGAGGCCCAGGGCACGGGCGCUCCGCGUCCGCCAGGGCCGGGCCCCACCUCCCGGCGGCCCCGAAGCAAGCCCAACGGGCAGCGUCCCUGCCUGCGAGGGCUCCGAGGCACCGGGCAGAGGCCGCAGCGGGAACCCGCCGCCACGCCGCCCACGAGCCUCGCCACCCCGGCCGCCCGGCCCGCGGUCUGUCCUGCGGCCGGGAGCGCAGGCUGCCCCCGGGCCUCCCCGUUACCUGCCGGCCCUCCGCGGCCCCGGGCGCAGCUCGCUCCCCAGGGAACCGCAGGCGGGCCUCAGGGCGGGGGAGGGGGAGGGAGGGGGAGGGGCCGGCCCCGAGCAUCCUCCAGGACGAGGGCCGCCCGCUCCCCGGCCCGCAGGCCCCCACAGCCCGCCCGCCGCGCAGGGGCCGAGCGCGCGGGCCCCCGCCCCCGGCACAGCCCCCAGGCCGAGGCGCCCGCCCCGCAGCGCAGCGCGCCCGCCGCCCUCCCCUGGCCGCCCCCGGGAUCCCGGGGUGCACAGCCGGCGACCGGGCCCUGGGGACGCAAGGGCCCGCGCACUCCACGACGAGAGGGUCCACCCAAGAGGCGCACGCCGGGAAGCCCCCAUCCUGCCUCGGCCUGAGACCCUCCCUCGAGGCGCUGGGGCCCGACGCCGCUCCCCGCGCCGGCCCAGCUCCCACCCGGCUCCGAGGGGGCGAGGCGCCCACCUGCCCGGCUCCGCCGGGGACCCCCGCCCCCCGCCCGCGGGCGCUCAGCGCCGGGGCCGACCUCUCCGGCCUCCUGGAGAAGCUGCCCUAACACGUGUCCACGCGGGGCGGCCACCCGGCGUCGGGCGGACGGCGCUGCUCGGGGAGGAGGUCCCACCGCAGCGGCCCUCCCUCUCCCCCCGGCCCCCCGGGGCCACGCGCACACGCUCUCACUGCGGUGGCAUCUGA